AUGAGUUCCUUUUUCGAUCAACCCUUUCAAAAAACGCGACACAACUAUGUCUUUGCUCACGGAGCGUCUGGCUUUGCAAAGAAUCCAGGAAAGGCUCCAGUACUGACUCCAGAGGAAGAUCGCGCUUACUUCAGUGUCCAAGUUGGAGAGGAUUCGUAUUUCAGACGACAUGAUGCGCUUGGCGUGGCAGAUGGAGUCGGUGGCUGGAGUGGUACAACAGGCGCCAACCCUGCAUUGUAUUCGCGCAAGCUGAUGCAUUAUGCUUAUUUGGAGCUAGAGAAAUAUGACAAUAUUGAGGAGGAGGCGUUCUACGACUACUUUAAUGCUAAUCCUGUGGACAUUCUGGAGAAAAGCUUCGAACAAAGCACAAGAGAUGCUAAAAAGGAGGGUCUGAUAGGAUCCUCAACAGCAUGUAUAGUAAUUCUCCGGGACGACGAACUUCGUAUUGCCAACUUGGGCGAUUGCGGAGUGAGCGUGAUCCGUCGAAACGAGUUUAUAUUUAGGACAGAGGAACAACAACACUCCUUCAACUACCCAUAUCAAUUGGGUACAGGAAGCACUGACAGCCCUAGAGAUGCACAGAUGUUUACAGUCAAGGUUGAGAGCGGUGAUAUUGUGGUAAUGGGCACAGACGGAAUUUUUGAUAACUUGUUUGAUGAAGAUAUUCUGGAGGAGGUCGUUAAAUGUGUCAGUGAACCAAGUGUCAUUAGCGACGCAUUAGCAAAGCGCGCUAAAAGCGUUGCCGAGGACACACGACAUCAUGGAAGUCCUUUCCAGAGUCGAGCUAUGCAGGAAGGUCUGUACUACCAAGGAGGCAAACAAGAUGAUAUGAGCGUCCUUGUAGCCAUCAUUAAAGCUGCAGAGGAUUCACCUGACCGAAGGUAG